AUGCGGGAGAUGGUGAGAGUUGAAUUUGCAGGGCAUGCCGUCUCUCAUGCAGUGCUCUAUGUGCACGCAGUGCUUCUCACCAUCACAGAUGUUGCAGAGGAUGAGCCUGCCGUACUUGUCAUACUCACUGGGCCUCAGGUGGGUGAGCUUCCCAACGGCGGCAAGGUCUUCUUCGGUGGUUUGGUUCCCUCGGAGCGACAGCUGCUGCAGAUUUCUGGCAGCUAUAUUUGGGGUCAGGUGCUUUUACCGCCACACAUGCUACAGGAGCUUCUGCUGAAAGGUGCCUUGGAGAUUGCCCACGGAGUGAAGAUCCAAGAGGUGAUGGAUGCACCCCUCUCCAACCGCUGGGCAGUGGCUGGUGGAAGAUUGGAGAGCAUCAACGAUGCAGCCGCUGGCCUCUUGGGAGAUGAACAGCAGAGGCACUGGUAUCAAAGAUAUUUGGGCCUUGGAUUGGAGAAGCUCGGACGUGAGUAG